AUGGAAAAUGUGAUUCCAGUCAAUGAGCCAGCGCCAGAAGCCGAGACCGACGAGAAAGGUCCAUCGAAAAGUGCCCUGAAGAAAGCCGCGAAGGAGAAAGAAAAGGCAGAAAAGGCAGCCAAACGAGCGCAAGCUGAAGAAGCCCAGCGUAAAGAAGCAGAAGCCAACGAUGUCUCGAAAGACGACUAUGGCGACUUACCACCUGACGGCACCUUACCAUUGCCAAUGUUCGAAGACGACAAAGUACCGUUCGUCGAACUGUCUGAGCUUCCGGAACUCUUUAGCGACACUACCAAGUUAGACGAGCCUCAAGGACCUCAUGUGAUACUGAAAGCUCGUGUCUCCAAUGCUAGGACCCAAUCAGCGAAACUGGCUUUCCUCGAGCUUCGUGACCGCCUCGACACUAUCCAAGCUGUGGUGGCGGCCAGCGACACGCUCAGCAGACAGAUGAUUAAGUUCUGCGCCAGCAUCCCAUCCGAGAGCGUGGUGGUUGUUCACGCCCUAGUCAAGAAGCCAAAGGAUCCUGUAAAGAGCGCCACUAUUUCAGAGCUCGAACUGCACAUCAAGAAGCUGUACGUCGAAAGUCGAGCGAUGACCCAGCUUCCAAUGCAGGUCGCCGAUGCAGAGCGAGCGAUACCCGCCGAGGGCGAGGAGGAGUCCGCCGAUGGACCAAUCGUGACGCUUAACACCAGGCUGAACAACCGAGUGAUCGACCUUCGAGCCAAUCUAAACCAAGCCAUCUUCGCGAUUAAGUUCGGUGUGGAGGACUUCUUCCGCGAGUUUCUAAAGUCGAGAGGAUUCACUGGCAUCCACACUCCGAAACUGCUGGGCGCACCGUCUGAAGGUGGCGCCAACGUUUUCGAGGUCAAGUACUUCGGCACCAAAGCAUAUCUGGCACAGUCGCCACAGCUAUACAAGCAAAUGCUUAUCGCCAGCGACAUGAAGAGAGUAAUGGAAGUCGGACCCAUCUUCCGCGCCGAGAACAGCAACACGGCUCGCCAUCUUACCGAGUUCGUCGGCCUCGAUCUGGAGAUGGCGUUCAACAAGCACUACCAUGAAGUAGUCUCACUGCUCGAAGAGCUCAUGCUCUACAUCUUCAACGGGCUGAAGGAAAAGUACAAGCGAGAGACAGACCUUCUCCGCAGCGUCUACAAAGUCGACGAGUUCAAGCUACCCGAAGCCGGCAAAGUCCCACGCCUGAAUUUCGCAGAAGGCAUCAAAAUGCUCCGCGACGCGGGUGAAGAGAUUGGCGAUUUCGACGACCUGACAACGCCUCAGGAGAAGAAACUCGGCGCCCUCGUGCUGGAGAAAUACGGCUCGGACUUCUACGUCCUCGACCAAUUCCCCCUCGCCAUUCGGCCCUUCUACACCAUGCCCUCCGCCGAGACACAAGCGAAGUACGACUCAGCAAACCCCAACGCGGGCUACAGCAAUUCCUACGACUUCUUCAUGCGAGGCCAGGAGAUCAUGUCCGGUGCGCAGCGUAUCCAUCGAGCGGAGUAUCUGGAGCAGAGGAUGAAGGAGCACGUGUCGCCUGUUGACCCCAACUCGGAUGGUCUUCGCGACUAUGUGCAGGCGUUUAGGGAGGGGUGCUCGAAGCAUGCUGGUGGUGGGAUAGGAUUGGAGAGGAUUGUUAUGUUGUGGUUGGGUUUGCCAAAUGUGAGAUUGGCGAGUUUGUUCCCUCGUGAUCCGGGGAGGAAGACGCCUUGA